CCGAGCAACUUCCUCCAGGGUGGCAUCACCGCUUCCAUCCUUGCCGGAGCCUUUGCCGGAUCCCUCUUGACUGGGGCUUUUCUGGCCGACAGACUUGGCCGCAGGAGGACCAUCUUGCUGGGAUCUGCCAUCUUCACGAUUGGAUGUGCUAUUUCUGCUGCCGCCAACAAUGUUGAGGCUCUUGUUGCAGGGAGAGUCAUCAACGGGCUUGGCAAUGGCUGCUUGACGAUGAUGGUGACAAUGUAUCAAAGUGAGAUUGCGCCUCGAGAAAUUCGCGGCAGAAUCAUCAGCGUCUUUCAGUGCUUUGUCAACUUUGGCAUUCUCAUUGCGUUCUGGAUCCAGUACGGGACAAGUCACAUCAAUAGCUCAGCUUCAUGGAGGCUGCCAAUGGGCUUGCAGAUGAUUGCUACAGUGGCUCUGCAUGUUACCAUGUGGUUCAUGCCCGAAUCGCCUAGAUGGCUUGUGCAGAAAGACAGACAAGAAGAGGCAUUGCAGGUGCUCGCCCAAGUCCAUGCUGGGGGAGACGUCAACGACCCAUAUGUACAAGCCGAAUUGGCAGAGAUUGUGGCCAAGCUAUCGUUUGAGAAGAGCCAUCCGCCACCUAGUUAUUUUGACUUGCUGCUCGGAUCCCAACGACGCCGCAUGUGGAUCGGCAUUGGUGUUCAAUUCUGGCAAUCGAUGACAGGCAUCAAUGUAAUCAUGUACUACGCCGUCUUCCUGUUCCAACAAGCUGGCCUCGGAGCGACUUCUUCGUCACUCCUGGCCAACGGCCUCCAGGGCGUGGUUCUCAACGUCUUCACCUACCCAAACAUGUACUACAUGGACAAAUGGGGUCGACGACUGCCCAUGGUUAUUGGCGGCGUGGGAAUGGGCAUUUCGAUGAUGAUUAUCGGUGUGCUGAUGAAGGCAUAUGGUGAUCCCGUUUACGAUUCGCUCACGCAAAAGACCAACUUUGACUUUACGAAUGCCGCUGCCUCGCGAACCGUCAUUGCAUUUGUCUACAUAUAUGUUGCCGUGUUUGCCAUUACCUGGGCGUGUGUCGCAUGGGUCUAUCCGCCUGAGAUCUUUAGCAUGAGCAUGCGUGGACGAGCUACAUCAAUGACGACAGCUACGAACUGGUUCAUCAACUUUUGGUUUGCCUUGUAUAUCCCUACUGCAAUGGCAAAGAUCAGUUGGAAGCUAUACAUGAUUUUCAUGGCACUCUGCUACCUCAUGUCCAUUGUCGUAUACCUCUUCUACCCCGAGUCGGCCGGCAAAACACUCGAAGAGAUGGACUUUUUGUUC